AUGCCAAAAUACAGCUACCAAGCCGCGAAGUCGGUCAUCACCGAAGCAGACAAGAACAGAAUCAUCUGUAUCUACCUCAGUUGCGACACGUCCGCUAUCGACUGGAAGAAAGCUGCCAAAGACUAUGGCUCUGCCAGCACCGAAAGCUUUCGUAAGCUCAACCGGAUGCUGCUGAAGAAGAUCGAAGCAGCCAGCGGCAAUACUCGCAAUACCAAUGCGAGCAUCGCCAACAAUGCCAAAGUCAUGAAACCCAAGCCGAAGCCUACUCGCAAGAAGCGAAAGAUGGACAGCGACUCUGACAGCGACGACAGCGGGUUCAAGUUCAAGCGAUGA